UCGUACAACAGUAACAGAUAAAAUGGCGUCCGAAAACAGCUCUGAAUCUCAAGAUGAGAAAACAGCUCUUAUAAAGGCUGACUCAGAACAAGAUGUGCAUCAGCAGUGCGGCACAGUGGCAAAACAGCGCGAAUCCAAAUUGACGCUGUAUCACUGGACGCAGUCGUUCAAUUCUCAGAAGGUGCGUCUGGCCAUAGCAGAGAAAAGUUUGCACUGUGAGGAGUAUGAUGUGAGCCUUCCUCUCAGUGAGCACAAUGAGCCGUGGUUUAUGCAUCUGAAUCCUGCUGGCGAGGUGCCAGUCCUAGUGCACAAUGACAACGUCAUCUGUGACCCAACGCAGAUCAUGGACUACCUGGAGCAGAACUUCAAUGAUGAGGGCACUCCCAGGCUGGUCCCAGAAGAGGGCAGUACCUACUAUUUAAGAGUACAGCACUACAGAGAGUUGUUGGACUCACUACCAAUGGAUGCCUACACCCAUGGCUGCCUCCUCCACCCUGAAAUCACUGUGGAUUCCCAUAUACCAGCAUAUGCUGCCACAUGUGUUCGAACACAGAUUGGAAACACACAGUCUGAGCUGAUGAAACUUGCAGAGCAGAACCCAGAGCUUAAAGAUGCUUAUAUAGCAAAACAAAAGCGCUUGAAAUCCAAGUUAUUUGACCACGACAACAUGAAGUACCUGAAGAAGCUUCUGGAUGAACUGGAAAGUGUGAUGGACCAGGUUGAGACAGAGCUACAGAGACGGGUGGAAGAAACACCAGAAGAAGGCAGCCAGUCCUGGCUGUGUGGUGACUUCUUCAGCAUGGCCGACGUCUCCCUGGCAGUCACCUUACACCGGCUGAAGUUCCUCGGCCUCUCUCGCCGCUACUGGGGCAACGGUAACCGCGCCAACGUGGAAACAUACUAUUCGCGUGUGGUGGAGCGCCCGGCUUUCAGGAGAGUGCUGGGCCACGUCAACAACAUCCUGAUCUCUGCUGUCCUUCCCGUGGCCUUUCGUGUGGCUAGGAAGAAUGCACCGGUUAUUGUUGGUACCACUCUGUUGAUAAGCAUUCUAGGAGGCGCUACGUACCUCGCUUUUCUUUACAUGAAGAAGAGGCUGACUGCCUUCAGCUGAGGGAAACUGAAGCGCUUUGGGACUGAACUGGGGCGAAACAAACUCAGAGUGUCUAACGUUGUAACACUCGGCAUAUGAGUAAUUAAUAAACACACGUUACAUGUAAUUGAAAUAAACCCAAAUUGUUUUUUGUUUUUCGGUGCCGGUUGCACAAAACACUCUGCUGCAUCACGCACCGAAGGAUUGAUUAAAAAGGCCAACUGGUGCUUUUGCAUGUUUUGUCAUCAGUUCACUGUGCCACAUCUGGUGAGUCCACAUCUGGACAGCGCUUUGCAUAUUCACAAGCAAAAAAUUUGGUAGGCGGUAUGAAAAGCAUGCCAACAUAUACGAAUGCUGAAGUGGGUGGCCUGAAACAGAUAAUGGAAAUAUGAUUGGGUCUUGCAUCAAAAAGGCUGUUUCAAUGGGCAGAUUGUUUUUACAGCACAUGUGGCUGCACAUGAAUGCACCAUCCCUCUUUGGAAGAAUCUGGACCAUCCAGUCAUAACACAACAGUAACACACAUAUUAACAAAUACAAGUAGAUUUUCAUACUGUAGCUAAAAUAAUGAAAUAUAAUAUUUAUAAAUCCAACAUAAAAGGCAUCCUUGAUAUAUACUUAUUGACCUAAGAUGUGCACAAACACUAUGUUGAACAAAGACAUAUUUGUGUGUAUUUUUUGAUUAAGACUCUAGUAUGUUUUGCUUAAUGUGUGCUUUUCGUUUGUUGUUUAAUCAAUACCAAUAUUUGCAUGUUAGGAAAAUACAGUAAAAUCUCUGUGUCUACAUCUGAGGAAAGCUCAUUUGUUCUCUAGGCAUCCCCAGCCUUCACAUCUGCAUAUGUUGUUCUGUAUAAAUGAUGGGUCAGUGUUUGAUAGAUUCACUAUGUAACAGCCGCCGAAUGAGUACCAUUACAGUCAGUAUGCAGACCAUGGUGUCCAACAUCUGUCUAAAAUUAA